UGCUGCUUUGCAAAAGAAAUGGAGCUGCAGUGGGUGAUAAAUCCCUGCCUUGCAAAGCGUGCACCGGCUGAGCUGCGCUGGGCUCCGAGGUUCCCGACCACCUUCCCUGCUUUUUGACGCCGAAUCGGGAUUGCGUUCACUAAAGAUGGAAACACUGGAGUCGGAAUUGACCUGCCCAAUCUGUCUGGAGUUAUUUGAGGACCCCCUGCUGCUGCCCUGUGCCCACAGCCUGUGUUUCAGCUGCGCCCACCGCAUCCUGGUGUCCAGCUGCUCCUCGGGCGACUCCAUCGAGCCCAUCGCCGCCUUCCAGUGCCCCACGUGCCGCUAUGUCAUCUCCCUCAACCACCGGGGCCUGGAGGGGCUCAAGAGGAAUGUGACCCUGCAGAACAUCAUCGACCGCUUCCAGAAGGCGUCGCUGAGCGGCCCCAACUCCCCGAGCGAGAGCCGGCGUGAGCGGCCCCCGGGCCGCAGCCCCGCGGCCAUGGCCGUGUCCGAGCGCGUCCCCUGCCAGUUCUGCGAGCAGGAGCCGCCCCGCGACGCCGUCAAGACCUGCAUCACCUGCGAGGUGUCCUACUGCGACCGCUGCCUGCGCGCCACGCACCCCAACAAGAAACCCUUCACCAGCCACCGGCUGCUGGAGCCCGUGCCCGACGCGCACUUCCGCGGGCUGGCGUGCCUGGAGCACGACGGCGAGAAGGUGAACAUGUUCUGUGUGACUGACGAGCAGCUCAUCUGUGCCUUAUGCAAGCUCGUGGGCCGCCACCGCGACCACCAAGUGGCCUCGCUCAGCGACCGCUUCGAGAAGCUCAAGCAAACCCUGGAGACAAAUCUCACCAACCUGGUCAAACGCAACAGCGAACUGGAAAACCAGAUGGCCAAGCUGAUCCAGAUCUGCCAGCAGGUGGAGGUGAACACAGCCAUGCACGAGGCCAAGCUGAUGGAGGAGUGUGAUGAGCUGAUGGAGAUCAUCCGCCAGCGCAAGCAGGUCAUCGCUGUCAAGAUCAAGGAGACCAAGGUGAUGAAGCUGCGCAAGCUGGCCCAGCAGGUCGCCAACUGCCGGCAGUGCCUGGAGCGCUCCACGGUGCUCAUCAACCAGGCCGAGCACAUCCUCAAGGAGAACGACCACGCUCGCUUCCUGCAGACUGCCAGGAACGUGGCUGAGAGGGUCGCCAUGGCAACUGCAUCCUCUCAAGUCCUGAUACCAGAUAUCAAUUUUAAUGAUGCCUUUGAAAACUUUGCUUUAGAUUUUUCCAGAGAGAAGAAGCUGCUGGAGGGGCUGGAUUAUCUAACAGCACCCAACCCGCCGUCAGUGAGGGAGGAGCUGUGCACAGCCUCCCACGACACCAUCACCGUGCACUGGAUCUCCGAGGACGAGUUCAGCGUCAGCUCCUACGAGCUCCAGUACACCAUCUUCACUGGCCAGGCCAACUUCAUCAGUCUCUACAACUCCAUGGACAGCUGGAUGAUCGUGCCCAACAUCAAGCAGAACCACUACACGGUGCAUGGGCUGCAGAGUGGCACCCGCUACAUCUUCCUGGUGAAAGCCAUCAACCAGGCUGGCAGCCGCCAGAGCGAGCCCGCCCGCCUCAAGACCAACAGCCAGCCGUUCAAGCUGGACCCCAAGAUGGCUCACAAGAAGCUGAAGAUCUCCAACGACGGGCUGCAGAUGGAGAAGGACGAGAGCUCGUUGAAGAAGAGCCACACGCCGGAGCGCUUCAGCGGCACCGGCUGCUACGGCGCCGCCGGCAACGUCUUCAUCGACAGCGGCUGCCACUACUGGGAGGUGGUGCUGGGCUCCUCCACCUGGUACGCCGUCGGCGUGGCUUACAAAUCGGCUCCCAAGAACGAGUGGAUUGGCAAGAACUCCUCCUCCUGGGUCUUCUCCCGCUGCAACAACAACUUUGUGGUGAGGCACAACAACAAGGAGAUGCUGGUGGAGGUGCACCCGCAGAUGAAGCGCCUCGGUGUGCUCCUGGACUAUGACAACAACGCGCUCUCCUUCUACGACCCGGCCAACUCCCUGCACCUGCACACCUUCGAGGUGUCCUUCAUCCUGCCCGUGUGCCCCACCUUCACCAUCUGGAACAAAUCCCUGAUGAUCCUCUCGGGGCUGCCCGCCCCGGAUUUCAUCGAUUACCCCGAGCAGCAGGAGUGUAACUGCCGGCCCCAGGAGUCCCCGUACGUGUCAGGGGUGAAAGCCUGUCACUAGUGUCACUGGUGCCACAGGUGUCACUGGGGGC